CAAAUUGACUUAAUUUAAUCUGACAACGAAUUCCCAGAAGCAAUUUUUUCAAAGGGAACGCCAAAGUGAAAACGGAUUCAUACAAACACCCUCGUUUGAAUAAUAAACUACAACUUAAAAACCCUGAAUGAAAUAAAAGAAGACAACGAACUUAAUUUCAUGGCAAAAUCUCUGUGGGAUGAGGGGAAUAAUAUACACCUGGCUACAAAACAGAUGAGUUGUACCGACAAAAGAGCAACUAAAUUUGCAGGUGUAGAGAUUCGUCAACAAACACAAGUAAACAAUGUACUAAAAACAAAACAGGCAAAAAUUGCGAUACAAACAAUGGAACAACAACUAAGAAUGAAAGCAAAAAUGGGUGAAAGUUCAACGGAAGUAUGUCGCGCUGCUCAAACACCGAGAAUACCAACGCUGUUAGCUACGAACAGAGCAAUCGUUAGGAUAAGCAAACAGAAGGUACAAAAUACGAACCCCAACCACGAUGUCAAAUGUCUGGCAAACAGAGCAGCAUGCCAUGCUUGCCUCAGCAUCAACGCCACUUGCUGUGCUACUUUUCUCUACACAAUCUACAAUACCAUAUCCAGAAUACCAUGGAUUUUUCUGCUGCUCUCAGUACUGGCAUUCCACAUUUGUCAGAGCGGCGUAAUAGCUUACAAGCCGGCAGCGAGAACAAUGGAACUCCAGCGUGCAAUAAUCGACCCACACCAUCGAGCGUUACGAGCGACGCAAUACAGCCAACUGUUAUCCACCGAUGGACAAUGGGCGGGAAAUGAUAAUAACAAUAGUUUCCGGCCGAUUAUCCCCAAGGACAUUAGUCCAGAAAUUAUUGCACAGAAUGUCUUUACCCAUACGGGUCAGUAUCGUGUUUUCCAGCCGGCAACCAGCGAUCUACGCAUAGCCGUGGCAAUGGAGCAGAAUGCAAAAAAUGUUGUUGAUUUUGAAGCAAAUACGGGUAGCAUGGCUUCAAUGGAAGCUCAAACAAAUAAAACUAGAGGGAGUGGUGUGAACAACGAAAAUAAGCUCGGAACGAAAAACCCCACGACUGAACAAAAAACAAUGGCAGAGGCAAAGGUCACAAAGUUAAUGACGCAAAAAAAAGAUGGCAAGCAAAAAGAAGUGGCAGCUCCACCACUGAAAACACUCGGCAAUACAAAAUGGCAAAGCGAAUACGCAGAACAUUCUACACAAAUCAGGAUAUCCGAAAAGGCACUUGAUGCACAUGAAGGCAAAGCAUUGCCAUUUACGUCUGCAUUAGGCCAAUUAACUGCAGAACAAAGAAAACUUACAAAUAGCAGCAAAGUACAAACCCCGGUAGCAGCAACGUUUCCAGAUGCGGCCCAAAAUAUAGUCAAUGAUGAUAUUAAGGAAUUAGAGGCUUUGCUGGUCGAGUAUGCAGAGAGUUUCUUCAACAAAGCAGAGUACGAACCAUCCAGCGAAUUGGUUAAUGCGCUUCAAAAGAAUCUUACCACAGCCGACGGCUUUACGCUAAUAGCAGAGCAACACAAGAAGCGUCCAACCCGGCAUGCUAGCGCCAACCCGCAUCAUCAUCACCACCAUAAUCAUCUGCAUCAUCACCAAAAUCUCCUUUUCGAGGGAAUUAAGCGCAAAGCCGAUGGCGAUCAGAGCGUUAACACUCCGCGCGCUGUGGAAUCGGGACGACUACUUUUUUUUACAGGUUUGAAAAAGGCGCUCUGGCCCAUUUUCAUGGGCUUGCAAGUAUUAAAAUCGCUGCUGUUCGCAUUGUUCUUGCCCACAUUAAUUGGCUCUUUUGGUAAACUUCUUGGUAAAGGUAUUGUCUCUGGUUCGGCCCCACUUUUCAUACGCCCACCAGAUACGCCACAAGAACUUGAUUUCCGCGACAAUGCAAUCAAUUUCGAUGACGAUAAAUUUGCGAUGGUCGAUGAAAAUAACAAAGAGGAUGGCUACGCUUACAAUCAAGCAGCGGCCUCUCAAACACACUAUACCUACAAUGCCGCCGACAUAAAUCGCAUUGAACAGCAGAAUAAAAUGCCAGAUACGUAUUUGAGUGCAUUGCAAACCAUCGGCUCGGCGUCAUUUAAAAACUCUGGUUCGCUUUCGGGCAGCUUGUCUGGUGGUGGCCUAGGUGGUGGCGCCGGUCUUGGUGCACCGUUACGCACAAAACCAAUUGCGCCAGCCAACACCAACACCUUUCAAACAUUCCAAAAAGUACCAGCCUCCUCACUGUUGCUCUCCAACUAUGAUCCUUUCUACAGUCCGCUUUUGUCGCGUUUGGAUUCAGUAUUUGCGCAGUUGAAAUUAAAUUCGGACAAAGAGAAUUGUCGCGAGAAGUUGAUUUGCUUAAUGUAUGCGAAUCCAGCUAAAUAUGCGCCAUACAGUAAUUUGGUUUCGGCGCAGUUGUCGCGCGAAUUGAAUGAACUACGCAAACCAACAUCCGAUAAUCCAGAUAUUCUACGUUUUUUCAAGUACAUGCGUGCUGCUAAGGAUGGUCAGGAUGGUGUAGAUUGUGAGAAAUCGUUUGAUCAAUGUACAGAAUUUAAGGAUUUCGAGAAUCCUGCAAUGGUUUCAACAUAUCAUGAUAUUAACAAAUUGGUGCAGGCACGCAAGUUGGCGUAAAACGUUUAGAGUAGAAAGUAUACAAAAAACAUUUAUAUAUGUAGCAUACAAGCCUUAUGUAAAUUAAAGUGUUAAGUGAGUUAAAGUGGGUGAAAGACCUUUACUCGUUUUGAAGUCAACUGCUGAGCGCACAGGAUAAGCGACUCAUUUAUGUAUGUAGAUAUAUUUUUUUUUUUGUGUUUAGUCAAAAGUAAAUUAGAAACUUAUACUUAUAUGUAGCCAUUUACUUAUGCGAAAUGCAGUUUAUACUUAAGUUUUGUAAAUAAAUUUAAGUAAUGUAUGUAUGUAUGUUAAGUGAUACGCAGAUUUAGUUAGACAUUAUUAUUUAUUGUAACGAUACUU